AUGACACACCAUGGACUGUUCGGUCCGCAUUCAGCGACAAUCUCCGUGCCUUUUACACUACAAUGAAUCGCUAGUUUCAUAAAGUCAUCACGAAAUUGGCAACGUUAAAUCGGCCUUUUUCGGAUACCAAUAAUCUACGUGAUUCCGGCCAGGAUCAACGCACGGCACGCAAGGUACAUACAAAUACGUGUGUGGGACUAGCUACACGAGCUGGACUUUUUUGCGUUACUGAAAUAGUGCUCAGAAUUCAAGUAAUUCAUCUACUAAAUGACCAUAACAGACAAGAAACAAGUCAAAGACUACAGUGCCUACACUUCAGGAAGGAUGGAAGAUGUAUGCUUGAACCCAAAUGAGGACGUUUCAAGUUGCGGAAGCUGUCUUCGUGACUUUGCUACCCUCCCAGACAAACCCUCUUGGUGUGUAGAUAGGCCCCCCCAAAAAAAUCUACUGGCAUUAUGGAUUAUUUUAUUAUUACUUGCCUUUGCUGUCUGCUGCAUCUUAUGUUAUUGUUUUUGGAGGAAGAUCUGGGAGUGGAUUCUAAUUACCCGUAAAAGGAUCAUUGACUGGAUUGAUAAUAUUAGAAAUAGUACGGACACUCCUGAUUCUCCUCCGUCACCUCAAAGCAUUCCAUUAGAUGGAGGAAAGGAAAAUGAUAACAUUGCACCUGAAAAAGGAGAUAAAAAAGAGACAUCUCCUAUGCUACCUAAAAAAGACACUUCUGAAAAUUCUCCAACUCCUGUGUAACAGUGAAGCUUUAGGCCAACUUAAUAAACAACAGUCCCGGCCUCCCAGGAUUGAAUUCAGUAUUCGGAUUGAGUCAAUACUUUACUUAACACUUAGUUUGGCCAAGUGAAAGGGCUUAAGCCUUUUUUUUUUUAUUCAGAUGAUUACAUCAUCCCCGAAGUUUUUUUACUCUUGAAAGCCAACCAUUAGCCAAACUGCUCUCUUAUAGUUAUGGUGACACAGAACCAAUCCAAAAUUAAGCUCAUGAAACAUGUCGCAUUAAUUAUGCAAGCUUAAUUUGCUUUUGCGCAGAUUAUCAUGACCGGUGUAGUUGAAGGGGGAACCAGUCAAGGCUUUCAAAACAUUAGCUCAAAUCUGCUGGCCAGCUUUCUUAGAUUUCAAGUAAAAUACCUAGCCAACAAUUCAUCAGAAUAUCAAAAGUUGAAAACUAGUUGAGGAAAAUGGUAUUUCUGAUUUAGAUAUUGAAUCAAAUACCAUCCCAGACCAUAAUGAUUUAUAGAAAUGUAUUUGUAGCACAAAUUGAGGUUAAUCAAUCAAGCCCUGCAUUUGUCAGUACAUGGUGAAUUUGUCUUGAAUGUCUAUUCUUCUAUUUAUGUUUUUUUUAACAUGAGGGAUAUAUAGAUGGUGUAUUAAAUAUUUAAAGGUCUAAAUUUUCAACAAUUUUAAUAACUGAAUCAAAAAUUGAUGUUUAAAAAAAAAAAAAUCAGAAAUUGCUGAAGCAUAGCAAUGAUACUCUUGCCAUAUGAAUUUAUCUAAAUGUAAUGUUUAUUUCAGAGCUAUGUUGUAUAUCAUGCUUGAUAGAAAAAUCAGAUGGUAUUUUAAUGUAUACUCUUUUUUUUUAUUACCAAGUUUUAAAAACAUUAUUUGACCACUCAUUCAAUUCUCAUCGGUGGUGAAUUAAAAAAAAAAAUCAGUCAUUAAUACACACAUGAAUUGCCCCAAAAUUGCCUUUUUAAGAGUUACUCUAACUUCAAAACUAACUGUAUGUUGUAUUCACCCUGUGUAUACCAUUGAAUAUUCUUGACAUUUAAAGCCAGGGUAAUAAUCAGCCGCGCCAGGAGUGUCAAGUCAGACAGACAUGAGCCCACUAUUAUUGUUAUAAAUGUAAGCUGCAAAUGUGCUGCCAUGCCUUAUCAAAACCGACCAAGGAUUUCAUCAUGAGAACAGUGUAGCCAAAAAUUAUUUGUGACACCCA